CAUACUGGAUUUGUUCUAGUAUUUCUGGAGGUUUUUUACUACACUUUCGGAGGUAUGCGUCAUGUGAAUUUAAUAUCCGGAACUUUCAAUCCCACUUUUACAAUGAAUGUCAUACUUCCUGAAGUGAUACUGCUGACUAAAAUUAUUGUAAACAUAAGUUCAUUAUAUUGUAUUUCAUGUCCGUAUUGAAAUUUAAUUUGAUUAUAAUAACUCAAAAGGAGCAAUUCCUUGUUUUCAUUGACGGCAUCAAAGAGACAGCUUGAUGAUUUGAGGCGAUGGUGAUGAUUAAUUUGGAAAAAUGGCGGCAAUUGUUUCAGGCACUGUCCUAGCUUCCUUGUUCUAUGACCACUCGGACGUGGAAGGAGAUCUGGAAGGAUUAUUGUUUGGAAAAGUCACUCAAAGAGUAAAGGACACUAUAAGUGAUUCUCAAAUAAACAACUAUAAGGUGGAAACCAAAACUUAUAUAUAUUCCUAUCACAAAGGUGAUAAAAGUAAGAAAUUCUAUGACCGAGCUUGUCGAAUUGAUACUCAGCUGAUCCGAGGAAUCACACCAGAAGGGUCCCAGGUAAUUGGUUGGUUUCGGUUCCGACACAAUACAUCGCCCUACCCUUCACUGAGAGAACAAACCAUCCACAGUAAUUUCCUGGCCAUUCUGCCAAGUGAUCACCAGUCCAACUUCAUCUUCCUGCUCUGCACUGGAUCACCUUUUGAAAAUCUGUCAACUCACAACUUUGACUUUGAUGUUCUAAAACUAAAUGCAAACUCAAAGCUAUUUGUACAUGUACCCCUGACAGUGCUAAAUCUAGGGGACACAACUCACUCCGAGUACAAGUACGAAUGCACUGCUACAGCCUACAGUGGGUCGGGGAGUCUGUGCAAAGUCAUUGGCAAACACAAGCCAGGGUUACUAGAUGGGGAAGAACAGCCUAGUGAGGUAAACAAGAUAAGAAGUCUAGCAGGGGAUUUACAGUCCCAGUUAGAGGGACUGACAGAUUUGGUGGCAGCCAGUGAAAUUAAACUCCAAAAUCUACAGCAGGAGAUUCAAAGAAAGCAAAAAGUGCUCAGAGACUCGCUGGAGAGCAAAAGGAAAGCAGAAGCAAAGGCACAGGCCAAAAAGGAUGCUGAUGCUGAGCAAGCAAAGGCCAAACAUGAACAAAAGAAAAAAGAUAAACAUGGCGUCUCACACUCAAUAAAGCUGCCAAGUGACUCCUCACACUCGAGACGACUCAGCAGCAAUGAGGACACUCAGCCCGAGCACAGUCCCACUCCUCAUUACUCGAGGAAACUCAGCACGGACUACGAGUUCUCAUCGUUAGAUGCUAUGGAGAAUGACAUCCCCCAGAAAAGCUCGCUGACAGACCUGAGUGAAAAUGAUUUGCCGGAGGUCAAACCAGAAGAGAAUCUAAUCACAAUGCAAUCGGACAGUGAUCAUAAUUUACUUGACGAGCCUGUAAAUGAAAAGUCAGAGAAUGUUAAGCACACACCUGUUGACACAUCAUCAAAAACUGUUCAGAAACCGAAAAAUUCUGAUCCAUUUAGUUUUGUAGAGGGUUUUUUAGCUCAAGAGAAGUCUGCAAUACAGAAAACAAAUGCAUCCAAAAAGUCGACAAAAGUGGAGAGUGAUGCUAAACCAAGAAACAAUGGACCCAAUGGAAAGCCUCAAUCAACUAGUGCAAUAAACUCGAAAGAAACGAGAAGUGGUAGAAACGGUACAAGAAACAGACCAGCACAAACAGUCAGUGACCCAGAAAAUCAGAGGGUCACACGGGGUCAGAGGUCAAGAUCAAGAGAGAUCAAAGGAACUCGAGAUGAUUCCUCCAACAUUAACAGUAGCUUGGGAUUACCUGGCAAAUGUGCAAUGGAAGCCAACGGAGAGGUGCAAGUGACUGUACUUGACUCCUCGGAUGAGGAGGUGAAUCCGAGGACCAAAGAGGAGUUCAAUGUGUCCUCCUCCCCCGUGUUUUAAUGUUAUCAUGCUUCAUGCCAUUGUUAUUUUGUUGGUGCUUGUUUUUGUUGUUCAGUUGUUAACAGUUCUUGACAAGUUUCAUUUCAUCUUUUGAAAAUUUGAGCAGUAGGCACAUCUGUGACCCUUAAGUAUAUACUCAACUGACUGAAAUUUAAUACUAUUCAGACCUGGUUAGGUUAAAACAUAGUAUUAUUCAUUUGGUUAGAGUACUCAUUUUCUGUUCUCUGUGCCAUUUUAUAAAUCUACAAAUAAGCAUAGUUUGAAAAUUGAAAAUUUUGUUACCUUGUUUCAUUCCCGUUUUAAAUUGUCUGCUGUCUAUUUGGCAUUCUUGUGUAAUCCACGACUCUGAUGAGCAAUUUAUGCAUAACCUCCAAGAUAUUUUACUGACCAGUAUUUGUGCUUUUAAACUUUGCUGUUUUGAAGUGAAAACUGCCUUAUCCCUACCAUAUCUCCCGAUUGUCAACAGAUGUCAACUGCAACAUUACUUGUCCACAGAUCACCAUUUUAUUGAUAUAGUGGAAAAAUAAGAUUUUGACAGAAAGAUUUAUUGUGAUUUUUGUGCAAACAGAUUUCUUCAUUCAGUUUAUUCAUUCAUAGGUCAGUUAAUAAAAUGCGAUAUCAGCUGUAUUAUUAUGUGAUUAAAGAUACAUUAAUUUUA